AUGACCCCGCUCCGAUCGGAUCCCGUGCGAUGGUGCUUGGCGCUCCUGCUUUGCUGCAGCUGGGGGGUGCUGGAGGGGGUCUCCCCGAAACUGGGUGGCGGGGGCGGCGGCGGUUGCCCGAGCCGCUGCCUGUGUUUCCGCACCACGGUCCGGUGCAUGCAUCUGAUGCUGGAGACCGUGCCCGCCGUGGCGCCGACGACCUCCAUCCUGGACCUUCGCUUUAACAGAAUUAGAGAGAUUCAGCCUGGGGCAUUCAGUCGGCUGAGAAACUUGAAUACAUUGCUUCUCAACAAUAAUCAGAUCAAAAGGAUACCUGGUGGGUCAUUUGAAGACUUGGAAAACUUAAAAUAUCUCUAUUUGUACAAGAAUGAAAUCCAGUCAAUUGACAGGCAAGCAUUUAAGGGACUUGCCUCUCUAGAGCAACUGUACCUGCACUUUAAUCAAAUAGAAACUUUGGAUCCAGAAUCAUUUCAACAUCUACCAAAGCUUGAAAGGCUAUUUUUACAUAACAACCGAAUUACACAUUUAGUUCCAGGAACAUUUAAUCAUUUGGAAUCCAUGAAGAGAUUGCGACUGGACUCGAAUGCACUUCGCUGUGACUGUGAAAUCCUGUGGUUGGCUGAUUUACUGAAGACUUAUGCCCAGUCUGGCAAUGCACAAGCAGCAGCCACCUGUGAAUAUCCUAGAAGAAUCCAGGGAAGAUCAGUGGCAACAAUCACGCCAGAAGAACUUAAUUGUGAAAGGCCAAGGAUUACAUCAGAGCCCCAGGAUGCAGAUGUUACAUCGGGGAAUACCGUAUACUUCAGAUGUAGAGCUGAAGGAAACCCAAAACCCGAAAUUAUUUGGCUUCGAAACAAUAAUGAGCUGAGCAUGAAAACAGAUUCCCGUUUAAACUUGUUGGAUGAUGGAACACUGAUGAUUCAAAAUACUCAGGAGACGGAUCAGGGCAUUUACCAGUGCAUGGCGAAAAAUGUGGCCGGAGAAGUGAAAACACAAGAGGUCACCCUCCGAUACUUUGGAUCUCCAGCUCGACCCACAUUUGUAAUACAGCCCCAGAACACAGAAGUAUUGGUUGGAGAAGGUGUUACUUUAGAAUGCAGUGCCACAGGUCACCCUCAGCCACGGAUCACCUGGACAAAAGGUGAUCGAACACCUUUACCAAGUGACCCUCGAGUCAACAUCACUCCUUCUGGUGGCCUUUAUAUACAAAAUGUCAUUCAGGAAGACAGUGGGGAGUACACUUGUUUUGCAUCCAACAGCAUUGACAGCAUUCAUGCCACAGCUUUUAUCAUUGUACAAGCUCUUCCUCAGUUCACUGUGACUCCUCAGGACCGAGUUGUUAUUGAGGGUCAGACAGUUGAUUUCCAGUGUGAAGCAAAAGGUUAUCCACAGCCAGUCAUUGCGUGGACGAAAGGAGGGAGUCAGCUCUCUGUAGACAGACGUCACCUGGUGCUUUCUUCGGGCACGCUGAGAAUUUCUGGAGUUGCCCUUCAUGAUCAAGGCCAGUAUGAAUGCCAGGCCGUCAACAUCAUUGGCUCCCAGAGGGUUGUGGCACAUUUGACGGUACAGCCAAGAGUUACCCCGGUUUUUGCCAGCAUUCCAAGUGAUAUGACAGUGGAAGUUGGCACCAAUGUUCAGAUUCCUUGCAGUUCCCAAGGCGAGCCUGAGCCAGUAAUAACAUGGAAUAAGGAUGGGGUUCAGGUAACAGAAAGUGGAAAAUUCCAUAUUAACCCUGAAGGAUUCUUGACCAUCAAUGAUGUUGGACCAGCGGAUGCCGGCCGUUACGAAUGUGUGGCUCGAAACACAAUUGGCUAUUCCUCAGUUAGUAUGGUCCUAAGUGUAAAUGUUCCUGAUGUCAGUCGAAAUGGAGACCCGUUUGUAGCCACAUCAAUUGUUGAAGCAAUUGCAACUGUUGACAGAGCUAUAAAUUCAACCCGUACACAUUUGUUUGACAGUCGUCCUCGCUCUCCGAAUGACUUGCUGGCCUUGUUCCGAUAUCCACGAGAUCCCUACACUGUUGAACAAGCAAGAGCAGGAGAAAUAUUUGAAAGGACUUUACAACUUAUUCAGGAGCAUGUGCAGCAUGGAUUAAUGGUUGACCUAAAUGGAACAAGUUACCACUAUAAUGACCUUGUGUCCCCUCAGUACCUGAAUCUGAUCGCUAACCUCUCUGGCUGCACUGCCCACCGGCGAGUGAAUAACUGCUCAGAUAUGUGCUUCCACCAGAAAUACAGGACCCACGACGGGACGUGCAACAACCUCCAGCAUCCUAUGUGGGGGGCUUCUCUGACUGCUUUUGAACGCUUGUUAAAGUCCGUGUAUGAAAACGGCUUCAAUACCCCUCGCGGUAUUAAUCCAAACCGACUGUACAAUGGGUAUGUGCUUCCCAUGCCCCGCUUGGUGUCCACGUCUCUGAUAGGGACGGAGACGAUCACGCCUGAUGAGCUCUUCACCCACAUGAUGAUGCAGUGGGGCCAGUUCCUCGACCAUGACUUAGACUCCACAGUGGUGGCCCUGAGUCAGGCUCGCUUUUCCGAUGGGCAGCACUGUAGUUCUGUCUGCAGUAAUGACCCUCCUUGUUUCUCAGUCAUGAUCCCACCCAAUGACCCCAGAGUCCGAAAUGGUGCCCGCUGCAUGUUCUUUGUGCGAUCCAGUCCUGUCUGUGGCAGCGGCAUGACAUCCCUUCUCAUGAACUCCGUCUACCCUCGAGAGCAGAUCAACCAGCUCACUUCAUAUAUAGAUGCGUCCAAUGUAUAUGGCAGCACAGAUCAUGAGGCACGAGAAAUCCGCGAUCUGGCCAGCCAGCGGGGGCUCUUGAGACAGGGCAUUGUGCAGAGAUCUGGAAAGCCACUGCUUCCUUUUGCAACAGGGCCACCAACUGAAUGUAUGAGAGAUGAAAAUGAAAGUCCGAUUCCUUGUUUCUUAGCUGGGGACCACCGAGCCAAUGAGCAGCUGGGUCUAACCAGCAUGCACACACUGUGGUUCAGAGAACAUAACCGCAUCGCCACGGAACUGCUCAAGCUGAAUCCCCACUGGGACGGGGAUACGAUUUAUUAUGAGACAAGGAAAAUUGUGGGUGCGGAGAUUCAGCACAUCACCUAUCAGCACUGGCUUCCUAAAAUCCUCGGGGAGGUGGGCAUGAAAAUGCUUGGGGAAUACAAAGGCUAUGACCCCAGCAUUAACGCUGGAAUCUUUAAUGCCUUCGCCACCGCAGCUUUCAGGUUUGGCCACACACUGGUUAAUCCAAUACUGUAUCGACUCGAUGAGCAUUUUGAGCCUAUUCCUCAAGGCCACAUACCUCUUCACAAAGCCUUCUUCUCCCCCUUCCGCAUUGUCAAUGAGGGAGGCAUCGACCCUCUUCUUAGGGGUCUGUUUGGGGUUGCAGGGAAGAUGCGUGUGCCCUCCCAGCUGCUGAACACCGAGCUCACGGAGAGGCUCUUCUCCAUGGCCCACACGGUGGCUCUGGACCUGGCUGCCAUCAACAUCCAGAGAGGUCGAGAUCACGGAAUCCCGCCCUAUCACGACUACCGGGUGUACUGCAACCUGUCAUCAGCUUACACCUUUGAAGAUCUGAAGAAUGAAAUAAAAAAUCCAGAAAUCCGAGAGAAACUGAAAAGAUUAUAUGGUUCCCCAUUAAACAUAGAUUUGUUUCCUGCCCUCAUGGUGGAAGAUCUGGUUCCUGGGAGCCGACUGGGGCCCACGCUGAUGUGCCUGCUGAGCACUCAGUUUAAACGCUUACGUGACGGGGACAGGCUGUGGUAUGAAAACCCUGGGGUGUUUUCACCUGCACAGCUGACACAAAUCAAGCAGACAUCCCUGGCCAGGAUACUGUGUGACAAUUCUGACAACAUAACCCGAGUACAAAAGGAUGUGUUUCGAGUGGCUGAGUUCCCACAUGGCUAUAGUAGUUGUGAUGAAAUUUCCAAAGUGGAUUUAAGGAUGUGGCAAGACUGCUGUGAAGAUUGUAGAACAAGGGGACAGUUUAAUGCCUUUUCAUAUCAUUUCCGAGGCAAACGCUCCCUUGAGUUCAGCUACCAGGAAGAUAAGCCUACAAAGAAAGCAAAACCACGAAAAAUAUUGAGUGUUGGGAAACACAAUAAAUAUUUGAACAAUGCUACUGCACCUUCCUAUGAGCACACAGAUGUACCAGGGACUAACGACUUCAAAGAAUUUGUUCUGGAAAUGCAAAAAACCAUCACAGACCUCAGAAAACAGAUAAAGAAACUUGAAUCACGACUCAGCAAAACUGAAUGCACUGAUGCCAAGGGUCAAUCUCAUGUAAACAAUUCAAAAUGGAAAAAGGAUUCCUGCACUGUUUGUGAAUGCAAAGAUGGACAGAUUACCUGCUUUGUGGAAUCUUGUCAGCCAGCAGAUUGUGCCACUCCCAUGAAAACUGAAGGAGCAUGUUGCCCAGUCUGCUUAAAAAAUCCUACAGGAACGGAGCCUUAG